AUGGAAUCAAAACAGCAGAACCUCAGCGCUGGCCCAGGCACAGUGAAAAGAACAGACUACCUGAAUUGGGAUGACUAUUUUAUGGCUGUUGCCUGCCUGUCUGCUCAGAGGAGCAAAGAUCCGGAAAUGCAGGAAUCAGUGGGUGCUUGUAUCGUGAAUGAAUACAAAAGGAUUGUGGGUACUGGCUACAAUGGGAUGCCAGACAACUGUCAUGACAAUUUUUUAUCCUGGGCUGGCAGAGAAGAAAAGGACAACAAACAUUUGUACGUGUGCCACGCUGAGCUGAACGCCAUCGUGAAUAAAAUCUCAGCUGAUGUGAGGGGGUGCACCAUGUUCGUGACUCGGUUUCCCUGUAACGAGUGCACCAAGCUCCUCAUCCAGUCAGGUAUAAAACACGUCAUUUAUCUGGCAGAAAAGAAACCUGAACCAGCCUCCAGAAAGAUGAUGGACCUGGCAAAGGUCUCAUACGAGUGA